CAUCCGCAUUGACGCUUGCGCCGCGUGUCCAGUCGUCGACGAGAACAAGGAAACUUUCUUUUCAACAUUUCUGCCCGUCGAAACAGGAAACCGCCGAGGUUCUCCUAUCACAGCCACUUCCCCCAGACCAUGCCCCACGACCCCGACCCUCCUCCGGCUAAGAAAUUCAAGCCGGGGUCCGUGUUCUUCCGCCUGGAGAAGAAUAAACCUGGAAUGCUGCUGCCCAGGAAGGGAAAUGUGAGCGCACCCAUUGACGUCCAGAGGAAACAGCUUCCAAUCUACCAGGCGAAACCUCGGCUGCUGAGCGAGCUGAGACAGCUCCACAACGCUAUUGUCAUAGGUGAGACCGGCUCUGGGAAGACCACUCAGAUUCCACAGUACCUGUAUGAAGCCGGUAUUGGGAGGCCGGGCUUGAUCGCCAUCACCCAGCCACGCCGGGUUGCUGCCAUCUCCCUGGCCGGAAGGGUGGCGGAGGAGAAGAGGACUCAGCUGGGGAAGCUGGUGGGCUACACGGUGCGUUUCGAAGAUGUCACCUCAGCCGAGACCAGGUUGAAGUUCAUGACCGACGGGAUGCUCCUGCGCGAGGCCAUCGGAGACCCAUUGCUGCUGCGCUAUACCGUGGUGAUCCUGGAUGAGGCUCACGAGCGCACCGUGCACACCGACGUGCUGUUUGGUGUAGUGAAGACCGUCCAGCGCCGGCGCAGGGAGCUCAGCAAGAUUCCCCUGAAGGUCAUUGUGAUGUCUGCCACAAUGGACGUGGAUCUGUUCUCAGAGUACUUCAACAAGUCGCCUGUGUUGUAUCUGGAGGGGAGGCAGCAUCCCAUCCAGAUCUACUACACCAAGCAGCCCCAGUUGGACUAUCUGCAGGCUGCACUCGUUUCCGUCUUCCAGAUCCACAAGGAGGCCCCACAGUCCCAUGAUAUCUUAGUGUUCAUGACGGGCCAGGAGGAGAUCGAGGCUUUGGCGAGGACGUGCAGAGACAUUGCCAAGCAUCUUCCUGACGGCUGUGGCCCCAUGGUAGUUAUCCCUCUGUACGCGUCGCUGCCCCCAGCGCAACAGCUCAGGGUCUUCCAGCCAGCACCCAAGGGCUGCCGGAAGGUUAUCCUUUCCACCAAUAUUGCUGAAACAUCGGUCACAAUCUCUGGGAUCAAAUAUGUCAUCGACACGGGGAUGGUGAAGGCCAAACGAUUCAAUCCUGACAGCGGUUUGGAGGUGUUGGCGGUUCAGCGAGUUUCCAAGGCACAGGCGUGGCAGCGAGCCGGCCGGGCGGGCAGGGAGGACGCUGGCUUCUGUUACCGGCUUUACACCGAACAGGAAUUUGACAACCUUAUCCCCAUGACUGUGCCUGAGAUCCAGAGGUGUAACCUGGCUGGUGUGAUGCUGCAGCUUAUGGCGCUGGGCAUUCCUGAUGUGAUGAACUUUGAUUUUAUGUCCAAACCUUCUCCAGAGGCCAUCCGCUUUGCUGUGGAGCAUCUGGAGCUGCUGGGAGCUUUGGAGAGGAAGGAUGGGCAGGUACUCCUCACCGCUCUGGGCAAGAAGAUGGCCAGCUUCCCCCUGGAGCCCAGAUAUGCCAAGACAAUCCUGCUGUCCCCGGACUUCUCUUGUUCUGAGGAGGUUCUGAGCAUCGUGUCUCUGCUGUCAGUGGACACGGUUCUGUACAACCCUCCGGCACGGCGGGAAGAGGUGCUUGCCACGCGCAGGAAGUUUACUUCUAGUGAAGGAGACCAUAUGACGCUGCUGAACAUCUACAGAGCUUUCAAAAAAGUCGGCGGUAACAAGGAAUGGUGUCGGGAGAACUUUGUCAACAGCAGGAACAUGGGUCUGGUGAAAGAGGUCCAGGCUCAGCUCAGAGAAAUCUGUCUGAAG